AUGCACGACGCCACCUUCCUUGGCUUCCACCUCCAGUUCUUGGAGUACCUCGCGCAGGUCGCCGCUCAGGGCAUGCAAGUCUCCGCUGGCGACGGGGCGCGGGUUGUCACGGCCGCGGACCAGGAGGAUCCCGUGAAGUGUGCGCUGGUGCAGCAGUGCAAGCAGUUCCAGAGGCGGGGCCCCACGGAGCAGCAGGCGUGGUGGGCGUACUGCGAUUCCAGCUACAGCGGCAUCCGGGACCCGUCCAGGCACGACGUGAACUCCCUCUCGAAUUUCCUGGCGCUGUACAUGGACGGAGGGGCCGCCGCACGGAGUGGCGGUGGAAGCUACGUGUAG